CAGUCCUCCAUAGUAUAAAUGAAAACAAGCCAUUGCUGCCUUUGACUGUGUGACUGAUUUACAGUUUCAAAGAAAAAUGAUCUUGUUCAUAUUUUCAUGGAGUCUGUAACUAAGUGGUUAGAAGAUGGAUGAAUGUACUAUUUCCUUAAAGAACUUUAGCAUAUACUCAAAUUAAAUAGGUUUUAAAGGUUAUCUGGUGGUUUUUAUCCAUGUCUUAUGAAAUCCAUUUAUCUAUAACGAAUUAUUCGGCGCGUGGUGACAAUGACCAUGGAGCUUGUCCCCCACACUCACCAUAACACAGUAGGCAGUUUAGAGAGAACACCUCACACAGGCAACCCAAAGGAACACAGUGAAAACAUGCAAACUCCACACAAGCAGACCUGAGUGUGGAAAUCGAACCGCUAAUCCUGGAGGUAUAACACAGUGACCCGUCGCUCCAGAUCUCAUGAAGUUAAAUAUGUAAAUGCUUUCCGUUUUUCACGUCAGUGAAUUUCCAAAGGCGAUCAUCACCUUUAUUGAUUAGAACUGGAAACAUUUUGAUCUUAAACAGAGGUUUGGACCAACUAUGUAAAUUGAUUUUUAGUGUGUUAGCAGUUAAUUGGUCAAUAUAAAAUAUAAAAGAAGUUCAUUCUUUUUCCUGAGUUUGAAAAGGAUGACAUCCAUAAUCAUAAGAGAACCCUCAUGUCUUCCUGAAAAUGUGUUAACUUUGAUUCGGCUGUGAACCAGCCAGGUGUAGCAGGGUGAUAGGGCAGUUUCCGGGGGUGUGGUAUGUGUAUAUAUAUAUAUAUACGCACGUCUGUCCUCCGUGUGGCUGCAUAGCCUGGACAGAAGGCACCAUGAAGGCUGUGGCUCUGCUGGCGAUGUGCAUGCUGGCUGUGGCUCUGGCAGCCCCAGCACAGGAGAAGGGCCUGAUCCUUAAUCUGGAUAUCGGUGAGCUCUGUGUAAACAGCCUUCAGUGCAAGAGCUCCUGCUGCCACCGGAAGAAUGGGCUAAGUCUGGCUCGAUGCGCUCCGCAGGCUAAGGAGAAUCAGGAAUGCUCCCCAAAGACUCUUUAUGGCACCUACUACCACUGCACCUGUGAGAGUGGCCUCAAAUGUGACAGUGACAUCACCAUUGGAGGCUCCAUCACCAACACCAACUUUGGAUUCUGUGUUGACCCCAAUGACAAGCAGGCUGCUGACUAAGGAAGGAUGAUCAUGCAUACAGGCUGCUCUUUUGGGUGACAAUAAAGACACACUGCCCUGUGAA